CUGGUUGCUCUAUUUUGCAUCUUUGUCUAACGUAAGGGUGGGUUUGAUUUUCGUUACAGCUGCUUUGAGGGGUAGGUUGUAAAAUCCGACAAUAUUUGUACCGCGUAUUCUGUUUUUAAGCAUUAUGCAUUGUGCCGUCAAACAGUGAACAUCUACCAGUUUUUUGAGCGAAGUGCGUCUACAAGUACAGUGAAUCAGUAUGGAUGUUACAAAUCGUAAGGUGGAAAUAAAAAGUGAACACUUAAGUGAAACAACACAAGUUACUCCAAAGACGGUCAAAAGGCCGUUCGAUGUGGCUUUUUUAAUGUUACCCGACGAAAAGUUGAAACAAAAACAAAAAAUCCAGAAAACCUAUGAAAGUGAAGUUUGCUACAACAACAACGAUGAAGAUGAAGAGGUGGAAAUAGAAGAUAUACCGCGUGACUAUAAAAUACCAAAUGGGCAAAAAUACUACACACAAAAGCAGCAAAUUUUCGAUGAUCCCAACCUAAUUAAAGCGAGAAAUCUGGAGGAUUUAAGAUGUAAAGGUUUAUCUGGGUCGUCCGAUCAAAAAAGUGCUUUCACGAAGGUAAAUUUAGUCCCUAGAUUGUCACCAAACCCUUCUAUAAGUCCCGACUUGAGUUACCAGAACUCUCUCAGCCCUUCACCACCAAUCAUCAAUAGGAAUUAUCAAAACUUCCAUCCAAACAUGCUAUCACCAACACAAAUAUUCAAAAAUCAACAGUUCAACGCCUACCAAAACAACUUCAUACAGGAGAAUUUCACUCACACCGAGAAUCCUUACAUCAAAAACCCCAAUCAAGAAUUAAUGCAACCACACUUCCCGAAAAUGCGGCCCAUGUACCGGCCUGAACUCUCCUACAACUACCAACAACUACCCGCGCAAGAGAUGAUGAGGAUGUCGCAACCGGACAUCAGAAACCCCCGCCGCACUCCUAACCUCACUCCUGCCCCCAUCGCUGGCCGCGCUCUCCUUGCCGGCGCAGAACGUUUGUGCCAAGUGCAACAUAUCGUUUCGCAUGACGUCCGAUCUGGUUUAUCACAUGCGAUCGCAUCACAAGAACGAGACCAACGACGUGCAUAGACGUAAGCGAGAGGAAAAACUCAAGUGUCCUGUUUGCGCCGAGAGUUUCAGGGAGCGGCACCAUCUGACCAGGCACAUGACCGCCCACCAAGACAAGGCGGAAGACGGGGAGAUAAAGAAGAAGGCUGCAUCUAAUUAAUUAGUAAAUAAUUGAUGAUUGUAUAUAGUGUACCCACUCUCUAAAAAUAAAUUAGACAAAAAUGACUACAGUUAUUAGUGGCUAU